AUGAUCGCGGUGCCGGUUCCGCGCGCGCCGCCAGCAACUCGCACCGUCGCAGCCGCCCAGGCCCCGGGUUCCGGGUCGGGCAGCAGCAGGUACCAUGUGUCCACCGCCGUGGCCUCGUUGUCAGUCGGCUUGAUCUUCUCCCUUAUCCUCGCCGUUUACGUAUUCAAGGGCUGUGUUUGGCGACUCCCCGGUUGCUCCCGCUGCCGCCGACGACACCGGGAGGGAGCAGCAGCAGCUGGAGAAGAAGAAGCGGCGCAUGAUGACAAGCCUCGCAACUUGGGACUCGGCCGCGAUAUGCUGGAGUCCUUGCCCAUCGUUGUGUACACGCCUGGCUCGCCGUAUACCUGCUCCGGAGGACGCUCUGAGCUCGAUCCCGAUGCGGUGGUGAAAAACGACGAGCGGCACUGCGCCAUAUGCACAGAAGGCCUCGAUCUCGGCGUCAAGUUACGCCACCUCCCAUGCGGACAUCGUUUCCACCCUGACUGCAUCGACCCUUGGCUCCUGGAGCGCUCUCGCACAUAUUCUAAAGAGCGUCUUCCUAAAAAGUCGCACCGACGCUCUGGAGGCAGUCGUCGUUCCCAGGAACGUCGUGGAGCGACCUCGUCGGGCGCUCCUCGCCGGUCGAUGGCGACGGGUGCCCUCGUCGCGGCCCCCCCCCUAACACAUCCGACAGACUGUUCACGAGCUCCAGAUGCUACCUCUGACGAGUGUGCCGACUGUUCAUUCGCCCGGGCCGGGCACGUCGUGGGCGGCGAGCGUCGCCUUGCAGGCUGCCCGCCGUCCUGCGCCACUGCCGCCCGUCCCAGAACGAGCACGCCCGGGCGCGUAAUUGUGCCAUAUUCCUGCGGUAGUCAGCCGUAUGGCGGAAUGGACGAAAGGAUUGGUCGCGGUGUGAGAAGCGUUCUGCCUCCUGCGACGAAGACGGCGAUGUGCGGUCCGUCAACCGGGUGGGCUUUGGUUGCCGGCUGGUGGCGGCACGAGAGAGAGCAAAGGAAACCGUCGCAGUACGUCGGGCGACAGCUCUUUGUUCCUGAGAGGAGGCCGUCGCGAGGCAGGACGAAAUAA